AUGUACAAUCCAGUUGAGUAUUAUUAUUCCAACGAUUAUUAUAAAUCUCAAAUAACAAAAUCAGAAAUUACUAGGGUUAAUACUUCCUAUUCACCUCGAAAAUUAAUUACAGGAUAUUGGAAAAAGGAUUAUAAAUCAUUUAUUAAAUAAAGGACUAUGAAUUUGGAAUCAAAAGAAAUCCAACCUCAUUCAGCUAAGCUAAAAGGUAUUAAAUAAUCAUUUACACGAUUGGCAGAAUCAAUUUUAAAUGUUAGUAAUUGUUUUGAAAAUAUCCCAAAUAGAUAGACAAAAACAGAUAGAUUUGUCUAAAAAUAAAAAAAUAAAAUAUACACUCCAUCACCCUAGCAUUUUUAAAUGCAAAAUCAUGAAACUCAUAAAAUUUCAGGGAAACUGUAUAAAGGAACACUACUUAAAAAUUUUGACAACUCAAUAAAUCAAAUUGGAGAGUCUUAUAUUUUAGAUUCAAAAAAAGAAUUUGGAUACUCUUAAAUGAGUCCAAAAAGCACAAAGAAAGAUCACAGUUCAGAAUAAUUAAGAUAAAAGCAUAAAUAAAUUUCAAACACUGAUUAAGUUAUAACACCUUAUAAAGAACUUAAAUAAUAAUUGAUGAUAAGAAGAUCUACUUUGAAUAAUACAAACUCAACAACCUCUUUUAAAAAAACUACAUAUAAUAUUGUAGAUGAAAAAUUAGAAGGUAUGAAGCUUGAAUGCUUAUUAAUAAAGCAAUGCCAAAACAAUAUUAGCAAUUUAGUUAUGAUUUAAUUCGAAAAUGUGUUAGGCUAUGAUGAAUCUAGCUUUUUUGGAUUAUAGUCUGACUUUAUAGGCAGUAAAUAGCAUGAAGAAUAUGUAGUGCUAAGAGAUCAUUAUUUUUAAAGGGCCACUCCUAAUUCUUCGUUUUAUAUACAUAAAAAUAUUAAAGAACUUUUCAAUUCUAUCUGUAGAGUUUAUUAAGUAGGACUAUAUACUAUCAAUUAUUCUUAACUUCUAAAAGAUGUUAUUAAUGAAAAAAAACUCAAAGUAAAUGGAGCUUUUUCUAUUCUUGAUUACAAAAUUGAUACAUUUGUGGUUGAUAUAACAAAUGUCUUAACAAAUUUAAAAAUUAAGAGUCCUCAGCUAUUAAUUUUUAUUUAACCCUUCAAAUUACUCAAUAGAUAAGAAUCCUUUAUACCAAAUCAUACAAAAAUUCCUUAUUAUGAUUACUAUGGAUAAAGAUUCUUUAUACCAUUCACUAAAUCAAUCCAUCCAAAUUAGUAUAGACUAUUAGCAUUACCAAGUUUAUCUAUGUAAAGUUUAUUCAAAAAUGAAGAAUAAAGUAAUGGAUUUGUGUAAAUCAAUUAUUUUAUUGAAUAAUUUACUCUUGCUUUGUAAAGUGAUGGCAAUUUUGCAUAGUUUCUUAGUAAAAGUCAAAAUAGAAUUAAAUGCAUAAAUUAAUCUUCUUAUUUUCGAUAAAUAAAAUAAAGAUUGUUAUAAUAAGUUUAUUUUAUUGAUACAUUAAAACUAAAUCAAGAUAAUGAUCUCAAAUUUAAUAAAAAAGAAUAUAAUGAUCGAUUUUCAUCUAAGAAUGAUUAUACUAAACAAAUGGAAAUUUUAUAAAAUGAUAUCAUUAAUAGAAACAAAGAAAUACUUGAAAAAUUUCGAACUUAAAAUUAUGAUCAUUCUAAUAAUCUAUCAUAAUUAAAUUAAGAAUUAUAGUAAUAGUUAAUUAGAUUAAAUUAUUGUGAGAUGUUUGUAGAUUCUUGCUACUACUUGCCAUAUUGA